CAUCGGUCACCCGUUCCUACUGUACUACUGCAUAAGGAGUAUCUUAUGUUUAGUGCGGUACUUCUGAUUUUGGUGAGUGGUUCAAGGUCGGUUGGGGCUCUGCUACUGUUGGGCCAGCUUCCUAUUGGAUCUCAUUAAAAUUGAAUAACUUCUCUUACUCAUAAAGUCCUACACAAUAUUAUUUUCAAAACUGAUUACAUAUAUUAAUUUGUAGGAUAUACGCAUUAUUAAACAAGAAUAUAGGAUGUAUAUACCAAACAAUUGUUUUGUCUUUUAAAAGACAAGGCCUAUAUAUAUAUUGUGUAUUUCUAUCACUGAAGGUCAACAAAUUUAAGAAUAUUAGGAUACUAUUCUUAGCCUUUCCACUUAGCCUAAAAUGCCAGUAAUCUACAAUGUUUUCCAGUUAAAUUCAGGUAAACGCAUUUACAAGUAAUAAUAUGGUAUGUAUACCGAACGAAAAACAUUAUGAGGACUUGGCCUUAGUAGUAAAGUUUUCACUAUACAGCUGCGCACUUAAUGGAGCUCGAAGUCACUGAUUUUGGUUUGCCAAAACGUAGAACAAAUAGAGAGAUCAAAGACCAGCUAGAAAAGAAGACGCUGUAUUCCCCGGUCAUCAUAGUAUUGUGUAAGACAAACUAGAAAACUCAUUGUAAGCUCCGCGACAAUAAAUAUGCUGUGCACUAGCAUUGUCAGAAUAUUGACUUCGUUUACGUUUUAAGGAAUUCCCAAACUGUUAAGGAUUGAACCCCUCAACAAUGUCAGGAAACUGUCUCCAGCAUUUCCAGUGCGUAAUCAUACUAGAGUUGCCUAAUUUUCUCAUUAUAUCUAAAAAGCCGUGGUACGUCAACAUGAUUGUCAAAUCCUGUAGUCAUGAAUCGUUAAACUUAUCUCCUCAACUAUGUGAUAAUUCGGUUUGAUACCUGGUAGGCAACCUAAUUCCUGUUAGUUUUAUCUUCAAGAAUAACACGAUGAUAUACACAAGUUGUUAUGCCGUUGGUUAUGAAGUUUUGUGUCGUAUUCAGGACAGAUAGUCUAAGCAUUUGUGGUGAUAGCUUAGUGUCCGUUGCACUCAUCAUGUUUCAAGCAAGAAAACAGCAAGUUUCUUGACAGGAGAUAUUUAGCUUACAGCUUAAUGGAUACGUUUGUAUAUGGCUUUCCAGUUCCCUUUAUCUAUGAACAUGUUUCGUAAUUGACACGAGGACAGAUAUGGCAUGUAGAGAGCCGUGAUAUAUUAUCGGGUUUCGGCAAUAGUAUUUAAUUUCAUAUAUAUGACUGCACUCUCUGAAAACUGCUCAAAAGAAUUUCCAAAAAACGGAAAAAAAAAUCUUGCCAGUUUCACAUUCAACGUAACGGGGUUCAUCUUUACACAGCUUUGUUCUCACUACAUAGAGUUAUAUCAUUAUUAGUACACCCUUCGGUAGCCAAUACUUAAGUCAUCAGGGUUUUGAUUUAAUAAUUUAAUUCUUAUGUCUUACAGAAAGCGUUCAGUAUAUUUAUUCUCUGUCUCGUUAGAUUUCCCAUAACGACACUCAUUCACGAUUUUCUGAUCUAAUUUAUGGCCUCAAAUGAAGCUUCAAUCGAGGAUUUAACAAAAUUGUUGGCGGAAUUCCAUGGUUCUUCAACCAGUUCAACUCGACGUCAGGAAAUACAGAUUUUAUUAGUAAAUUUUGAAAACUCUCCUAAUGCCUGGUAUCAUGCAAUAUGUUAUUUAUCCAUGUCUAGAAACCAGUAUGUUGUUCUCUAUUGUCUAGGCGUUAUUGAGACAACUAUUAUUCACCAAUGGCCACUUCUUUCGAAAGAUGAUAAGUUAAGAAUGCGUUCAUUUUUGAAAGAUUAUCUUAAUAAAAACUGUUUGGAUCAACCUAACUUCCUAUUAAAAAAGACCACAAAAUUACUAUCACUGACUGUUUGCUUUGAUUGGCCUGAUCAGUACAUUGAUUAUAUGGAAUUUCUCAAGUCUCAUAUCUUCAUUGAUUCAUCUAGCAAUUUAACUGAUAUCAAAACGUCGUUGAUGGGUUGGUGUUGUCUCAAGUCCAUGUAUGAAUCUUUCCUAAAUCCACCAGAAAUGAUAAGUUAUUCAAAGAAAACUGAACUUCAAAAUUUUUUGCGUAAAGAAACUACUACAUUCUGUGGAUUAUUGUGUUCAUUUAUUUCAAAUUUAUGCGGCGGUGUUGAUUGCGGAAAUCUAAUAAAUCUAUCUCAGUCUUAUUUAUUGGGACAAAAUUCUCAGUUGAUUCAAAAUAGUCAGCAUUCUCUUUGGCAACCACUUCUGGUCUUCUUAGAAUCUCUAGCCAGUGAUUGUUUAACAAAUUCUGGGACUAAAUGUUACACACUGAUUGAAUGUUUUGAAUGCUUACACGAAGUAUUAAAGUUAUGGCCCGGUCAACCUGAUCUCCUGGUAGAAAUUUUGAUACUGAUUUUUAUUUUCUCAUUGAUAGGAUCUCCUCAAUGUUUGUCAGCCUGUGUAGAAGCAGAGAUAGCUUUUGCAUUAUCAUCUCACGACUGUGAUCUCCUCAGGUUGAUUGGUUUGACUGCUUUGACUUGUUUACAUGAGUUGGUUGAGAAACGAAACGUAGACAGUUUGAUGACACAUCAAUCUAGCUUUGUAUUUCAGCUUAUCACUUGUCAUCUUAACCUAACUAGUGGUCGUAUUGUACUCAACAAGAUUUCUACACAGAAUGGUGGAAACAAGUUCAACAAUAAUAAUCAUGACAUUUCUAGUGCUCUUGCAAUGGAUAGACAAAAACAGGCUAAAUGUGACGAUUAUGAGAUGAAGUUAUUGGAGAUUAUUCGGUGUAUACUACCAAGUUGUCUUAAAUUUGUUUAUACAAGUAAUAAUUCAGAUAGCAACUUUUCAAUGGAUGGUUUAAUGACAUUUUUACAAGCUUUCCGUGAAUUCACCUUUUUCACGUCAAAUUUCGAAACAUAUUUAUCUUGCAUUAAUAUUUGGUCUGGUGUAUUCGAAUCUCUUCAGUUUUCUACGCAUCAGUCAUCUGAUUACUUAUUAUCUAAUUCAAAUUUACAUAGAAUACUCACUGAAUUUGGGAAUGCUUUAUUUUCUAGGCUUUUUUAUAGUGAGUCCUCGGCCUAUUUAGAUACAUUGGAUUACGAUAUAUUUGAAAAUGAAAUGUUAUAUAUGUCUUAUCCCACUAACGAUGAGAAUAGUUUGUUGUCAAUUGUUUUCCCAGAGGAAUUCCGUACAAAUCAUUACCAAAACAAUGAACCGUGUGAAUAUGUAAUAUUUAUUCGUGAAAGUUUAUCAACGUUUCAUCAUUUAGUGGGUCUAUUACCCCACGAUUUUACUGUACUACUUUUUCAACGGUUUCAAUGCAUUUUAAAUGAAUAUACUUUAUUGGUGAAUUCAACUGGUCUAUUGUCAGGUGUAUUUAAUUACCCUAAAGGUCAACCAGUCUAUCGUGUUCAUUGGAUCUUAAGAGAUUUUGCUUCAAUUGUACAGGUGGUUGGUUUUAUGUCAGAAAAGUUUUGCUGUGAAAAAUAUCAAGAACUUGGUCAACAAAUUCUACGUGCUCUUAUGUAUUGUUUACGUCUAAAUAGUUUGAUUUUUCCCGCUCUUCACAAUAUUAACGAGCGUCUUAUACGACUGAGUUUUGUUGAAGUUAUUGUUCAGGUAUUGCUUGUCUGGCGUGCUUUAAUCGUUUCCGGUUCUAUUGGAUUUAUUACAGACUGUAAUAAUUUGUCAUAUAAUAAAAUUUAUCUCUUAUCUACUGAAUGUGAACAUUUCUACUCAGAACUCAUGGAAAUCUUUCAAUCUUUCUUCAAACUACUUAAAGAUACCAACUUGUCGUCUUCCCCUUCCUCUUCCUCCUCCACUCUAAUAUCUUCAAGAAUUAUAUAUAGUUGUGCUCAAUUAUUUAACUGUUUAUUUACUUCAUCUUUUCGUGAUAUACGUCCCCCGAGCUCAAUUAUAUUCAAUGUAAAUUCUAGGACAUUUACCAUAUUUAACAGUAUAUUUGAUUCUGUUUGUGAACAAAAGUGUCAAACAUCCAUCAAUUAUAAUAUAUUAAACUCCUUAGUGUCUUCAUUUCUAUUUUAUUUAACUUCUGAAAAUGAAUCAAUAUCUCAUUUAUCUAACUAUAAUAAUACUAAUGAUGAACAAAACAAAUUGACCUCCAUCCGGGAUUCAUUACUUGAUCGAUUAAUUGUACAAUUAUUUUUACCUAAUUUAAAUCAGAACAAUUUUGAAAUUGCUCAAAAACAACAUAUUACCUAUUUAAGUUUACUUAAUCAUUCUAUAUUAUCUCUUGAAAAUGCUAAGAAUUCUACUCGUCAACUUGUUUAUACAAAACUGGUAAACUCAGGUCUAAUGGAUAAUCUAGUCAAUUGUUUAUUAAAUAAAAUUUUAUCCAAUAACUCUUCUUAUUCAACAAACUUAAAUUCAGAAUUAAAAAUAAAACUAUGUACAGCUUAUUUAAUAUUUUUAGCUACAUUUGUUCGUAUUUUAUCGAUUUCUAAUAAUUCAUUAUUAUCAAUUCCACAAUUAAUUGGUCAAAUUAUUCAUUCAUUAUGUACAACUUCAUCCUUAACAACAACAACAACGUCGGUAUCCAAUUCCUUUCCAAUUAAUUUAAUUAGUCCAAUUAUUGAUAUAUUACUGUUGCUAACCCAUCAUAAAAUAUUUUUACCAAUUUUGAAAGAUACAUUUGAAUUAUGUAUUUGUGUUUUUCUACCUAUUUUAUCAACUAUUCCAAAUAUAGUCUAUACUGAUGAUGUACAAACGAUACAUCAAUUAAUUAUGAAUGCUUGUGUAAAUAAUAGUCAAUUAAUACAACAAUUAUUUGAAUUAAUAUUUACAAUUUUCUCAAAUAAUUUUUCUUUCUUUUUUACUCGUAAUAAUAAUAAUUCUGUUAGUAACACAACUAUUACAUCAUCAAUAAUCAAUAAAUCAAUGAUAUUAACACCAAUUAUGCAACGUUAUUCUUUGAAUAAUCCAGAUAUAUUUCAUCGUCUUAUGUUUAUCUUUUCUAUUGUAUUACAUCCAGACCAAGUUAAUUCGAGUUCAGUGAAAUUUAUUAUUGAAAAAUUAGUUCAUUUAAAUACAUCACAUAAGCUGUUUGAUUUAUAUGAUUUUAAUAAAACAUGGUUAUCUGUAUUUACUACAUCUAUAUUGAAUCUAUUAAUUGAUAAUAAGCAUAAUUCAUGUAAAGAUAUACUAACUGAAAGUGUAUAUUAUUUUGCUGCCUCAUUUACAUACUUAUCUUGUCCUCAAAACAGUUAUGAUUCUAGCAGAGGUAACGAUAGUUCUAAUGAUCAUUGUACUAUCAAUAAUAAUAACGAACAUCAAUCUAACGCUUUAUUUCACUUUGUGCAACAUUUCCUUCCAUCAUAUUUGAAUACUGUAGGAAAUUUAGACAAUAGUCAACGUAGCUCAGUUUUAUCCUGUUUCUAUGACACAAAUCAAAAGGAAUUAUACACUAAAGAUAUAACAGUAUUUAAUCAUUCCAUAGAAUUACUAGUUUACAAUAUACGAUAUUAUCGUACUAUUAAUUUGGGGAUGACAACAGUUUCACUGGCAAACUCUCAUACGUAGAUUUUCCAUUGGAUAUCCCAACAAUCUAUUGUAUGCUUCAAUCAUGGAGAAUUACACUCAUUUAAUGCUGUCAGUGAGCACACUAUCGAAUUUCUCUAUCAUUCAUGUGUUGUUGAUCACCAAUCAUUUGUUAUUUGUUCUGUGAGUACAAUAUUCUUCAGUGUUUAUGAGUUAUCUUAUUAUUAUUAUUUUUCUCUUUGAAAACUUCAGUUUAUAAUCUUUACAUUUUAAUAAUGCAUUUCCUGAACACACAAAAAUACCGACACACACACACACACACUUCUAAUUGUAUUUUUCUAUUGUUAGUUAUUUACAUAUUUUGGUCUUGACAAAAAACAAAAAAAAUUUGCCUUUGAUUUUGUUCUAUUCUGAUCAUAUUUUUUUCUUUUUAUCUAAUCUUUAUCUUAUUAUUAUUAACGUUAUCAUUAUUACUACCAUUAUUGUUUUCAUCGAUCAAUUUGGUUGUUUAUGUUUUCUGUGACCUGAGUCUUGUAACAUUGUUAGUCAAUUAGUCAAGUUGUUUUUUGCUUAUAUACUCAAUGUAAUAAUCGGAAAAAUAAUUUUAAAAAACUCAGCAACUAAGACCACAACUGAAAUCAUAAUUGCGUAUUUACCUUCCUUUUUUCUUAAUUCUGUAUUUUAUGAUUUGCUUGUUUGUUUGCUUGAUUUUUUCUCAUUACAUAAAACAAUUUUUUCAUAAAACCUUGUUUAGUUUCACUAUUAUUAUUGUUUCAACAUAAUCUCACAUUCCAUGUGCAUAGGAUUUGUACAGUUUUUUGAACAUAGUAAUAAUAAUACGAUUAACUGAGUGAUUAGAUGAGUUCUCAUUAUACAUAAUAAAUAAGUUGAUUGAUCUAUU